AUGGGUUCUCCUGGUAGUUCCGUUGCUGCCCUUGCAAGUAGUAACAGUCAGACCGGGACCGCAGCGCGCCAACAGCUGAUGCACCACCUUCACGAGUUGCGCGCGCUUCUGGCAGAAGUGCCUUGCGACGCCGCGGCGGCGCCGGCCGCGCAUUGCGGCGCCGACCGCGCCGCCGCCAGCCCAGAUCUGGUGGCAGCGGGCGAUGCGCCGCGAACUCCGCAGCCCGCGGGGGAGCAAGCGACGGCGGAGUAUCAAGACGGGCCGCGGCAGCGACGCGAGAAGGAUGAUCAAGUUGAUCAUCAAGCCGCUGGUGAUGCGUUGACGGAGGAGCAGCAGCGGCAGCGCGGACUGGAGCUGCUCGGCGCGCUGCUGCCGAUGCUGGCGACGGCAUCCAAAUCUGCCGCUGCGAACCUGGUGCGACUCGGACUGGGAGGAUCAAGCACGGGCGGCUCGGCCACCGCCGCCGCCGCCGACGCCACUGCUGCCGCUGGCGCCGCUACUGCGAAUGCUACUAGCGCGGGUGCUGAGAUUGAUGUGAAACCAGAACCCGCGUCGCCUCCUCUCUCAACCUCACUGUUCGACGACGUGCAAGAGCACAUGCCUUUUAAUGGCAGCUACGACGACGGUCAAUCUCACAGGUCCGCCUCCCCCGAGCACACCUCCCCUCGAGCUGAGGCGGAGCUUGCCACCGACGAGCAGCGCCCUCCACCGAUCUCAACCGUGAGAAACGCGCCAGAAACGCUUUGCCAAAGCACAGCCCUGCCGCAGCUAUCCCCGAUAGAGAUGUUCGCGUUUGGAGGAGACAGCUCCAUGCCAUGGUGCUUUCAGCAGUACGGCAGCAGCAGCACCGGCGGCGAGGGUGUUAGUGGCGGUGCAGCGGCACAGGAUUUGAUGCAGUUUUUGCCGGUGCGAGGGUUGAGUGUAGAGGUGUCGGAGCAAGGGGACUUCCUGGAACAGCAGCAGCAGCAGCAGCAGCAGCAGCAGCAGCUGAUGGCUGGACCUUCUUCCUCUCCGGACUAUUACCCUGCCCAUCCUGCUGCCUCUCCCACUGCCCAUCCUCAGCGCAGCCUGCCUCUAAAGCUUCGCCCAUUGACGCUACCAGAGUCCUCCUGCUGGCCAGGAGACGAGGAGAGAGACACAGAGGCAGAGCAGAGGGACAACGAGCAGCCGGCGUAUACCCCAGGCCCUGCCUCUCCCUACUCACCUUGCGCCUCUGCUCAACACUCAGCGGAUGCGAAACCGUUCCUUCCUUUCUCGGAAUACGCACUUCAGGAUGUGUCCGCUGCACCUUCUCCCUCGCUUCCCGCUGUUCGAGCUGUAGUGUCGGUGCCGCUGCCGCUCGGCCCAGGGCCAAGGAGAGCGCAGUUAACUCCUCCCACUCGAUCGCCGUCCCCGUUGCCGUCCCGAUCGAUGUCUCGUAAGAUCCGCCCGUCAGCGUCCUUGUCGCUGCGAUUCACACCACCAGCCACGCCAACAACCCCCGCCUCCUCCUGUGGCUUUGUCACGCCAACCACCCCAGCCACCCCAAUCACCCCGGCUUCUCCUUUCACUCCUGCAUCACCGGUCUCACCAACUACCCCUGUGGUAGCAGCAGUAGGGGGGGAUGAGGCGGCGGCUGCGGCUGCUUUGCCAGCUCAGCUGGACGCGCUCCUUCGUGCGCUGCUGCUGCAGAAGAUUGCUGCUGCUGCUGAUGCACAGCUCUUGCAACAGCAGCAGCAGCAGCAGCAGCAGCCGACCCUGCACAACGAGGGCACCACCUCAGCACAAGCCGACUCCCCCUCUCAACCGCAUGCCUCACCUGCCACUACCACAAUCCCACAAGCAGCAGCAGCAGCAGCAGCAGCAGCCACGGCCGCAGCAGCAGCCGAAACCGAGAGAUACAGCAUGGAUCAGCCAGCCGUGUCCCCUCUGGUCUCAGACUUAUGUCAAUCCUCAGACCCUCUAGCGCGUCUCAUGGAGAGCAUUCCAGGGGACGGGUACCAGUGGCGCAAGUACGGGCAGAAGACCGCCAAGGGUGCCAAGUUCCCCCGUGCUUAUUUCCGCUGCGCUCUGCCCGGUUGCCCUGCGAGGAAAACGGUGGAGCUGGCUGAAGACGCUGCUUCCACACGAGUGGUUUAUCGAGAGGAGCAUUCCCAUGCUGGCGCCAGUACCGUUGCUGCUGCUGGUGCUGGUGCUUCUCCUGGUGGUGCUGGGUCGUCUGCUGCUGCUUUGGAAGCUGCGGCUGCGGUGGUGCAUGGAGGGCCGGUGACUGGGAGCCUGGAUAGCCAUCUGAGCAGCAGCAGUGGGAGCAUAAGUGAAGAUAACAAGCAGCAGCAGCAACAGCAGCAGCAAGCGCAGGUGUUGCCUGGCCAAGGCUUACACACCACUUGGUCUUCUGCCCUUGCAGCAGCUGCUGCCACGCGGACAGUCAGAGGAGGCGAGGGAGGCCGAGGAAGGGGUGGGGGAGUGUGGGGAGGAGGCAUGUGUGGCAACAAGAGGCAGAGAGAAUCAGAGGAGAGUGGCGCCCCUUGCCCGACGGAAGAGGAUGGGGGGAAUGCAGUCCAGUAUGGAAGCACUCCAAGCAACCCUUGCAAGAGGCAGAAGCCCUGCUGGGACGACACCCGUGCCGUCUCCUCCUCUCUCUCCAUGCACAAGAGGGGUUAG